AUGUGGGCUCUAUCACAAAGAAGUAUGAGCAUAGAUGAAGAAUCACAAGAUCCAUUAAUAUUUGGUAAAAAUUCUUUAGUGAAUCUAGAUACAAUUGUAAAAGAGAACUCUGAAUCUGGCAUACCUUACUCUACUACAAGUAAUUUACUAUCUAAGCAUAUUGGUGAACCAACAGAUAAAAUAUUAAGUAAGAAACAAAAGCAAACUAAAAAAGAAUUGCAUAUAUUAAAAGAUUUUAUAAAAGCUACCUGUUCUCCACCAUAUAUAAAAGAAUUAUCUACCAAACCCAAAGUUCUACAAGAUCCUGUAACUAGAAAAGAAAAUGCUGUUUAUUUUAAUGAUUUGUACAAUAAUAUAAUCUAUACAGAAACUCAAAAUGAAAUUAUAAAUCAGGAAGUUAUAACCAGCUAUUAUCUUCUUGGUAAAGCACUUGAGAAUAGAUCUUUGUCAGCUACUAAACGACAUUUUUCUGACCUGAAUAACUAUGAAGAAGAACAACAAGAAAACGUAAAGAAGAUUCGGAGCUAUCCUGGCCUGUCAUUUUUUGCACUUCUUAAUAAUCUUAUUGAUCAUCAUGUUAAGGACAAGCAGUUACUUAUUUACUGUCCUCCAGAAUGCGUUGGCCCUCUGGUACAAAUUUACUACAACGUUUUUAGCCAGUUCCUGCAUGAUUACCUUAAUGAAGACCUAGGAAUGGGGAGAGAGUACUAUCAAUGGGCCCUUGAGUUCAUUUAUAAAAUGGCUGAAAUAUACACCAGUGAAUCUGAUCAUUUAAUAGAGUUUAAUGAAAAAAUUCGUGAAUUAUUUGGUGAAGAACUAAGAACAAUUCAUUUAGAAGAUAAUUCUUCAAAUGAUGAAGUAUUGGAAUGUAACGUUUUUUCAAAAAGUAUUUUACGCUUUUUUGUUGAGAUGAAAAAUGAAAUUGGCACUGGUAGUUGUAAUUCUACUGUCCAGGCUGGAGCUUCUUUUGCAAAAUAUUAUACCCAAAAGACAUAUGGAGAGAAGCCUAUCAUAGAUCCGUUGAUGGACUUUAUACCUCUCAUUCCUACAAACAAUCGAGCUCACGCAGAGCGAGUGGCACGACUUUUCAAAGCCUUACAUUUGGGUGUCAAUAGAUUAAAAGAGUAUUAUUUAUCACUAGAUAAGCCUAUAAGUCAACCAAAUUUACAGCGAUUUUUUCCCUAUCCGAAUCAGUACGAGCAUCAAGGUAUAACUGUAAAGUUUACAUAUGAAGCAAAACUUUUAGAUCACAAGCUUCUUUGGAAAGCUAUAACAAAAGACGGGCAGAAAAUUAUUGUAAAAUUCGCGUGGCAAUAUAAUCAGAGAGCACAUGAACUAUGUAGUAAAAUUGGAAAGGUGCCCAAACUACUCUACAUUAACAAAGAGAUGGUGGAUGGUUUUUAUAUGAUAGUAAUGGAUUAUGUUGAGGCUACGCCACUUUAUAACUGCAAUUCACUUAGUUAUGAUGAAUAUAAAACGAUUUUAGAGAAUAUCAAAGAAGCUAUCGACAUAUUGUAUAAGGAAAAUAUCAUGUUUGCUGACCUCUGCGAUUCCAAUAUUUUUGUUAACAAAUCUCAAGAUUUCGAUUGGGCCAGCCAAGAAGAAAUCGAAUGCUAUCCAUAUUUUAUGAAUCAUAAGCAUAUUAAUUGGCCACCAGGGGCUGAAGAUAGAAAGAAGCUGAGUCGUAAACACGAUGUUUAUUGGUUGGAGCUGUUGAAAUCUAAAUACUUGGAACAGAGUUCAGCAGUGGAUAGGAUGGCGUUGUCAUUUGGCCAGACACAAAAUGAAGAAGAAGCAAUGCCAGUGGGGAUGGUACCAACUGUUGAUGAAAUGGUUGAUUUCUUGGAUAAGGCGUAUAAGAAAAACAUUAGCAAUGAGAUUAGAGAGAGGAGGUGGAGAAAAAAGCUAUUACAGACUAACAAUACUUUCACUUCUCAAAUUGAAGACUUAUCUUAA